CACAUCCUCCUGUUCCUCCCCGCCCUGCACACGAGGCCGGGAGGCAGCCGCACUCCGACAAACCCACGGGGCCUCUCUGCCGAGGGAACCACGGGCUCGGGGGGCUGACUGUACGCGGGCUUCUCCGUGAGCGGGACUGACAGCCGCAGGGCCGUCUGUCUGUCUGCCUGCCUGCCUGCCUGGCCACCAGCCGCUUUGCUUGACUUCCCCCAUCUGUCUGUCUGUCUGUCUGCCUGAUCAGCCCUUGUCGCCGCCGCGUGUCCCCUCCCUGGUGCGGCCGAUUGGUCUCUUACCUCAGCCGCUGCCGUCUGAUCUCGCUGGGAUGUGACCCGCCUGUGCCCCGAGCCGGCUCCCUCUGUGGGGCCCGCCUGCCUGCAGCCCGGCUGCCAUCCCUCAGGGUGACAGGUCCUAUGCUGGUCUGGCUGGUGACUCCGGGCCAGGCUGUGGAUCCCCACCCCCUAACCCUGCCUGUUCCUGCUAACUCUCCUCCCCCACCCCCACGCGGAGCCUUAGCUGCCGCCUCCUGGAAGCCCACCGGAUUGCCCUGAGCGCACAGAAUGGAUUUCUGAGGGAGAAGCUGGAACAGCAGGAUCCCGAGAGCCAGCAUGCCUUGUGGCUCGGCGGCCGCUCUGCUCCUGCUCCUGCUCCUGCUCCAGGGUGCCUGGGGCUGCCUAGACCUCGUCUGCUACACGGAUUACUUACAGACAGUGACCUGCACCCUGGAGACCAGGACCCUCCCCGCCGGUGUGCUCACCCUCACCUGGCAAGACCCAUAUGGAGACCUGGAGGACGAGGUCACCUCCUGCAGCCUCCUCCGCUCCGCCCACAACGCCACGCAUGCCAAGUACACGUGCCAUAUGGAUGUGUUUCACUUCAUGGCCGACGACAUUUUCAGUGUCAAUGUCACAGACCCGUCCGGAAGUUACUCCCAGGAGUGCGGCAGCUUCCUCCUGGCUGAGAGCAUCAAGCCGUCCCCGCCUUUCAACGUGACCGUGACCUUCUCGGGACAUUAUAACAUCUCCUGGGGCUCGAGCUACGAUUCCUACGCGCUGAAGGGCAAGCUGCAGUACGAGCUGAGAUACAGGAAGCGAGGAAGACCCUGGGCCCCGCAGCGUCCAAGGAUCAAGCUGAUCUCGGUGGACUCGAGAAGCGUCUCUCUCCAUCCCUCGGAGUUCCUGAGCGACGCAAGCUAUGAGCUGCAGGUGCGCGCGGGGCCCCAGCCCGGCUCCUCCUUCCAGGGGGCCUGGAGCGAGUGGAGUGACCCCGUCACCUUUCACACGCCGCCGGAAGAGAUCAAGGGAGGCAGGCACCCUUCCUUGCUCUACCUCCUCCUGGUCGUCAUACUCCCCAUCCUCGUCUUCUUAGGCCUGAAGGUCCACCUGCCUUGGAGGCUGUGGAAGAAGGUGUGGGGGCAUGUGCCCAACCCGCAGAAGUUCUUCCAGCCCCUCUAUGUGGGCCACAGUGGAGACUUCAAGAAAUGGGUGGGCGCCCCCUUCUCUGCCUCCAGCCUGGAGCUGGGGCCCCGGAGCCCCGAGGUGCUUUCGUCCCUGGCGAUGUACAACCAUGGCCCGCCGCAGAGCAGCACCAAGGGGCCGCAGUCCACGCAGCUGCCAGAGCCCCCCCACCUGGUGGACGCUGACGGGGUGCCUGGGCCAGGCUCCUGGGGCCCAGCCCCCUCCCCUAUGGGCGGCGUGGGUAGCUCGGCUUACAGCCAGGAGAGGGACCGACCUUAUGGUGUGCUAGUGUCCAUUAACACCGUGACCGUAGCAGACAUGGAGGGCCCGUGUGCCUGGUCCUGCACUUGUGGGGAUGACGGAUACCCGGCCCUGAACUUGGACGCAAGCCUGGAGCCUGGUUCAGGCGCCGAGGACCCGCUCCUGGACCCUGGGACUACAGUUCUCUCCUGUGGCUGCGUCUCGGCAGGUGGCCUUGCCGGGCCAGGAGGGCCUAUGGGCAGCCUCCUGGACAGGCUAAAGCUGCCCCUUGAUGAGGAGGCGGGCUGGACCCCAGGGCCACCGUGGAGUGGCGGGCCCCUCCGAGAGGCAUCGGACAGCGAAGCAGGCUCGCCUACCGCCGGCCUGGACAUGGACACUUUCGACAGCGGCUUCGCGGGCUCUGACUGUGGCAGCCCUGUGGAGUGUGACUUCACCAGCCCCAGGGACGAAGGGCCCCCCCGGAGCUACCUCCGCCAGUGGGUGGUCAUGGCCCCUCCACCCGAGGGAUCCGGGCCAGCCAGUGAGGUGGAUCCGCAGUCUGGAGCUGGCCAAGUCAUUCUGCCUGGAGUUAGAGAGCUGUGCUCACCUGGGCCGUGGGGUGAAGGGGCCUGCGACCUUUAUGCCCCCAGAUGAGGCCCCUGAGCCCGGUCGACACCUGGUGUGCCUGUGUGAUCC